UUUCUCCUUUCUCUCCUUCUCCAAGUUUUCCAAGGCUUAAAUCAAUUCGAAAAUGUUCAAAGCUGCCUCCCGCUCUGUUGCCAGAGCUUCAAGAAUCGCUUCUCAAAAGAGAAACUUGUCUAUCCACGAGUACCGCUCUGCCGCCCUGUUGAGAUCCUACGGUGUCGGUGUGCCAAACGGUGAUGCCGCCACCACCGUGGAAGGUGCUUAUGACAUUGCCAAGAAGCUCAACACCGAGGACCUCGUUGUCAAGGCUCAAGCCUUGACUGGUGGUCGUGGUAAGGGUCACUUUGACACCGGCUUCCAAGGUGGUGUCCACUUGGCCAACUCCCCAGAGGAGGUGAAGUCCUUGGCCAAGGAGUUCUUGCACCACAAGAUCAUCACCAAGCAGACCGGUGCCGCUGGUAAGGAGGUGACUGCUGUGUACGUUGUCGAGAGAGCCUUUGCCAGAACCGAGGCUUACUUGGCCAUCUUGUUGGACAGAGCCACCCAGAAGCCAAUCAUUGUUGCUUCCGCUCAAGGUGGUAUGGACAUUGAAGGUGUCGCUGCUAAGGACCCAUCUGCCAUCAAGACCUUCCCAGUUGACUUGGAGGCUGGUGUCACUGAUGCCCAGGCUAAGGACAUUGCCGCUGUGUUGGGUUUCACCAAGCACGCCCAACCAGAGGCUGCUGAGACCAUCAAGAAGUUGUACCAAAUCUUCAACGACAAGGAUGCCACCCAAAUCGAGAUCAACCCAUUGUCUGAGACUGUGGACCACAAGGUUUUGGCCAUGGAUGCCAAGUUUGGUUUCGACGACAACGCUGAGUACCGUCAAAAGGAGGUCUUCUCCUGGAGAGAUUUGACCCAAGAGGACCCAGACGAGGUUGAGGCUGGUAAGUCCAACUUGAACUUUAUCAAAUUGGACGGUAACAUUGGUUGUUUGGUUAACGGUGCCGGUUUGGCCAUGGCCACCAUGGAUGUCAUCACCUUGUACGGUGGUAAGCCAGCCAACUUCUUGGACUGUGGUGGUGGUGCCACCCCAGAGACCAUUGAGAACGCCUUCAAGUUGAUUCUCUCCGAGAAGAACGUUUCUGGUAUCUUUGUCAACAUUUUCGGUGGUAUUGUCAGAUGUGACUACGUUGCUGAAGGUUUGAUCUCUGCCACCCAGAAGUUGGGCGUUGAGGUCCCAAUCGUCGUUAGAUUGCAAGGUACAAACUACGAGAAGGCUGCUGACAUGAUCACCAAGUCUGGUCUUAAGAUCUACGCCGUUAACGAGUUGGACUCUGCUGCUGAGAAGAUUGUCAAGUUGGCUGACAUUGUCCAGAACGCUAAGCAAAUCGGUGCUAAGGUCUCUUUCGAGUUCUAAAAGGCUUUUUUGUGUGUAUAUAGGACUUGACUACCCAUUAGCUCAUGAUUAAGACGCUUAUAUUCAAUAUAAAAAUCGCAGUUAACGAUAAAUGAGGUGAAUUGAUAGAGCUUUCGGC